CAACGAAUAUCAAAACAUCUUCAUAACCUAUACCCAAAAAAGAAGAUACAAAAUAAAUAUAAACUACUGUGCAUUUAUUAUAGCAACAAUAAUUGUAUGUAAAUUUUGGAUUAAAAACAAAUGGCAGAUCAAAAUUCGUAUGUAUUUGCUAACCUUAUAUUUUUAUCUUUUACCUCUAUUAUCAAACUUAUAAUAAUACUUAUAUCUAUCGUAAAACACAGUUAUAUAUUAACAAUAAUUAUUGUCUUAUUGAAUUGCUUAUAUUUGUAAAAAUCAAAACAUAUAUUACGUGAUUAUGUUUUAGCGAAGAAAAUGUUAGAGAUAUUGCUUUACGUUUUUGUUUAGAAGAAGAGCAACGACGUAAAACUAAUCCUAAUGAAACACACGAACGCUCAAUUAUCAUUGUUGGUAGCAAGAGAGUCGGUAAAACUACAAUCGUACAUCGAUUUCUUGAAAAAGACGAAGCACCAAAACCAACUAUCGCAAUGGAUUAUUCUUUUGGGCGUAAAGCUGGAAAAAAUAAAAAAUAUCGUACAUGUUUGGGAAAUAGGACAUUUAACUUCUUCGUUAGUAUCAGCAGCAAUGACAGGUUCGUCUUUGACUCAUUCUCCUCAUCAUGUUACGAUAUUGGUUAUUCUGGAUUUAUCGCAACCAGAGAUUUUAUGGACCACGUUUGAAGAAGCUCUCUCAGUAGUGCGUAAUGCAAUGAAAAUGAGUUAUGACGAUAAAAUAAUUCAGGAACUUAAAAAACAGCGUAUUAAAGAACGGAAAAAAAUUGUGGAGAGAGAAAUUGAUCCAUUUCCAAUGAGACUUUGUUUUAUAGGUGGAAAAUAUGAUCAAUUUAAGGAUUUAGAUUUGGAUAAAACAGAAUUAAUCGGUAAAACCUUAAGAGCUGUAGCACAUAUUUUAGGAGCAAGUCUUUAUUAUCAUUCUGCAAAAGAUAAGUCUUUAUUACGAAGAACUAAAGAUUUGUUAUCUUAUUAUGGAUUUGGUACACAAUUUUCUGAUAUCAAGUGUACUGAUUUCGAAAAGCCAUUAGCAAUAUCUGCCGGUACAGACUCCUUCUCGUCGAUCGAUUUGCAAUUUCCUCAAACCAGACCUUCGGCUAUCUUAGAUACCAUCAAACAGAUUUAUGUUACUCAUAUACCACAAGAGUCAAGAAGCAACGAAAUUAUCUUGGAGGAUCCAAGUAACGAUCCCAACUUUAAUGAACCGAUCAUCGACAGAUUACGAACCCAGAGAGAAGAGGAAAUAAAUAUUCUUCUUCAGGAUAUGUUAGAAGGUCGAAUACCUCAAAUUCCUAUUCCGGAUCCAUCAUAGAUAAUAAUUACUAAAUAAUAAUUGUUCGUUGCGUGGAUUUAAUAUUAUAUUUCCAUUUGAAAAUGAAUAAGAUUAUAACAAUUUAUACAUAGAUACAAAAUUAAUUCAUUCUAUAUUAUAAAUUAUUUUAUUUUUUAAAUUAAUAUUGAUAAAAUACAUAAGAUAAUUCAAAAUGGAUUAAACUUAGAAUAACUAUACUUGAAGUGAUAUAUUAUAAAUAUGUAUAGCAAAUACAAUAAAAUAAUUUUUACUA